GAGUGCGGUCGAAUUUGGUAGAGUGUUCUUACAGGUUGGAGUAAUGGCGGAAGAAACUCAGCGCGUGGAUGGGGUUUCGAGAGAUCUGAUGAAACGAAACCAUUUCUCGAACCAACGGAAUGAAGCCGCCGCCGCCGACGAUAACGACGACGACGACGGCGGCGAAGUCGAAUUGAGUUUGGGCCUGUCGAUGAACGGCAGAUUCGGUGUCGACCCGUCGAGCAAAAAGCUCCGCCGCUCCUCCUCCGUGUCGAACCUGUUUCUCGUCGGCGCCGCCGCAGGCGGCGGCGGCGGCAGCGUCCAGGCGCGUGGGGAGGCGCGUGAGGGACACGCGCCGCUGGGGAGGACGUGCUCGCUGCCGGCGGAGACGGAGGAGUGGAGGCGGAGCAGGGAGAUACAGUCGGCGAGGUGCAUGGAGGCGAGGAAGAAGAGAAUGGAGAAGCUGAAGAAUGUGAGAGUGGGGAAAGAGGUGCAGCAGUAUGAGAGCAACAACAACUCCUCCUCCGAAGAAGAUGCUGCUGUUAAUAAUAAUAAUUGUUUUCGUGAGAAUUUGAAUUUUGUGCAGUCAUCGUCACAGGGUUCAAUCGGAUCAAGCGGCGGCUCUGCUGGUGGUUCUUCAUCUGGUGUUCCCAAUUUCCAGACUCAACUCAUGAUCGGUGGAGGAAGGCAAAAUAAUCCACCGGAGCAGGGUGCGGUGCCGGCCGCUGCUCGUGGCGGCGGAAACGAUGAGCUAGUGAAGAACGCAUUGCUCGAUAUGCCGUACGUUUCGACAAGGGGUUUUGCCCCCCACUUCAACAAGAUAGAGGGAUUCUUGUAUAGGUACAAGAAAGGCGAGGAAGUUAAGAUUGUCUGCGUUUGCCAUGGUUUGUUUCUCUCUCCUGCCGAGUUUGUCAAGCAUGGCGGUGGUGGUGACGUGGCGCAGCCGUUGAAGCAUAUAGUUGUUAACCCUUUCCCCCUCUUUUAAUCCCCCCGUUUAAUUGUCGUCGUUAAGGUAAUCUUAGUUGGAGGGUGGGAGUAUUAAAAUUUAAAUUAAAGACUUUUUAGCUUUUUAGUUUCUAAUUAGUACUCUCUUUUUUUUUUCUUUUUAAUGUUUUAUAAAUGUAGUUGAAGGUAAACUAGCAAGUUUACAGGGAUCUUUUAUAGGUACUGUGGUCUUUGAUAUAUUAUAUAUAUUCAGGAAUUAUGUUUUUA